UCACCACCGAUUACGUACGGCGAGAACAAGAAAGUCGCACUUCAACUCCCACGCCAAACGCGAUGCAGAACGACGAGCUAGUUGUGGAGCGCAAACUGCGACCAAUAUGGGAUUCGAUCGAAAUGGGAAACUACAAAAAGGCACUGCAGGAUGCGGACAAGAUGCUGAAGAAGAAGCCGACGCUGCAGUGUGCCCGUGCCCUGAAAGCCUGGGCGUAUUUGCGGCUGGGCCGCGAUGAUGAGAGUGCCGCACUGAUCACUACGCUGGAACAGGAACAACCUACAGAGGCGACGACCCUGCACGCCUUGACGCUCUGCUAUAAGGAGAUGCGCCAGCCGGCUCGCAUCUGUACGCUCCUCAACAACGCAAUCCGGCAGGUGCCGGGCAGUGAAGAGCUUCUGUCGCAGCUGUUCAUUGCCUACAUGCGCAUCGACAACUUUAAGUUACAGCAAACGGUGGCGCUUCAACUGUACAAGCUGCGUCCGCGUAAUUCAUACUACUUCUGGGCCGUCAUUAGCUUGGUGCUGCAGGCGCUGCGCGGUCCGGAUGCGAACGAUGCGCAGAAGGCGACACUGCUGCUCACACUCGCCCAGCGAAUGGUGGACAAGUUUAUCGCGGAGAACAGACUCGAGUGCGCGCAGGAAGCACAGCUUUACCUGCAAAUACUGCAGGAGCAGCACAAGUAUCGCGAGGCGUACGAUUUUCUCACCGGUGCCUUAUGCCAGAAAUUGUUUCCCGGUGCACCGGUCUAUCUGCGGAUCGAUCUGCUCAAGCAGCUUAACCGAUGGGCCGAGCUAAACCGACUGCUGAAGGAGUUGUUACUGCAAGAGCAAGAUCGUUGGGAUUACUAUCAGGACUACAUUGCGGCCACGUUCCGACUGAUCGAAUCGGGGGAAAAGCCUGACGGGACCGAUCAUACGGUGGAAAUGUGUCACGAGUUUUUGUGCGACAUAAUUGAGGCUCAACGGAAAAAAACCCGUGGCCCGUACUUGGCCCGGCUCGAAUUGAACCGAUGGAUGAUCGAACGGCGGUUUGAUGAGGAGCAUCAGAUUGGUAAGAUGGCCGACAUGCUGGCGGAGUACUUCGAGCUUUUUCACGAUACACCAUGCUGUGCGCACGAUAUGAAGCUUUUCCUGGAGUACGUGACGCCAGCCACCGAGCGAAGAGUCCUUGCGACGACACUGCUAAAAGCGUCGUCCGUCACUUCGACCAGACUACCGCAAUACAAAGAACAAAUGCAGCGACAUAUCUGCACACUACAAAUCGCUCGCUACUGCGGGGCUCAUGAGAUCGUUGACGAAAAAUUGUUGCAUGCAAUCUACACUACGCUCAGUUUGCACUACGAACACGGCUACAAUGCGUACGGAAAGGGACUUCUCAUCACCGAUAUGGGUCCAUCGGAUUCCUAUGCCCUGUUGGCCGCGCACAUAAUGUACGAUCGUGCGUGGUGCUUGCAGCGCUCGGAACCGGUGGUUGAAGCGCUCACGCUGCUCACCUAUCUGCUGACCAACAGCCCGAACAACUUUCACGCCAAGCUGCUCUGCCUGCAACUGUAUCACCGGCUCGGCCUCAUCCAGAUGGCACAUGCCGUGUACGAAUCGCUCGACAUCAAACACAUUCAGCUCGAUUCGCUCGGGUAUCUCCACUGCACCCAGUUGGUCGCUGGCGGGUUUCCUGCCAUCGCCAAAAACGUGUACGAACGGUCUGCCUCGUUCUUCGUGAACGAGUACGAAGGGUACGACGCGUUACCGAAAGCAUCGUACAAUUUUGGAACCUACUCGAAGAUAAUGGAAAUCGUCGAUUUCCGGAAUCGGCUCGCCAACAGUCUGCACUCGGCGCACGUGUCCGUCGAAGCGUUGCUCCUGCUGGUGGUGGGUUCGGGGGGCACACUGGCCCAGUGUUUAAGCGCCUACCGACAGACACGCCCAGCAAAAUCGGACAAGGAUCGCAUUGUAUGGGACAAGCUACAGGAUAAUCGCGAUCUCACGAUCUUUUUGUGCUGGGAUCCGCCGGCGGAGGAUGGUGAGGAGAACGGUGUGAGUGGGGAAGGCGCCGCGUCAAUAAAACCUACUGGUGCUGCACUCGAGGAGCGCCGGGAAGCUGUUCGAACGGUCAGUUUCGCCCAAGAGUACGAUCUGCUCCGGUUGCGAUCGAGUUUAUCGCGCUUGGUGUUCGGGCUCGUAGAUUUGCACAUUCGCGGCUCGGAGGUUGGCUUCAGUACUGUCCGGGAACUGUGGUACGAGUGGACGAAGUUGACGACGGAACUAGGAGAUGGGAAGCGACACCAGCCGAUCAGCGCUCGGUAUCUAGUCAAUCUGCUGCCAUCGCGUUUGCACCUGUACCUUCGGCUACCGUAUGGUAGCGUCUUCACGCAUCUGGGCUAUUUUGUGCUGGGCGUUUGGCAAGGUUGCAUGGACGACACCGAGACAACGGAUCUCCACAACGGUCCCAGUAAUGGCGGUGGCAGCAACAGCAUUAGCAUCAACUCCGCCGAAGCUACCGAUAGCCUCGAACGUCUGACUGCGGCGGCCGAACGCUGCGCAAAGGAUGUGCAGAUCGUGUUCGAGACGAUCCGUCGAACGAUCGACACGUACAACGAGUCGGUCGAUCUGCUGUGGAGCUGGAAAGUGACUCACGAGAUUGUGAAUGGUUGCGUCGAGAUUCUCUCACUCAUGGUGUUUACACUGGCUGCCUGCCAUGAGUACGUGCAAUCGACAUCAACUCAGAGCUCGACGGGUGGCACCAAGAAAGCCAAGAAACAAACGACUGACAGCUGCACCAAAAGUGCCACCAAUAAUUCUACCGCCACCACUGCCUCCUCCACUGUGCGCGUUCGUAGUAUCGUGCCCGAAAAAGAACGCCUCCCUCUCGUUACGCUGGUGCUACGUGAACUUAAGCAGAAGAUCAACGAAGCGGAUACCUUGCUCGCCUCCUGGAAGGUACCGGUCAUCAACGAAGCAUUGAGCGAUGCGAUGGAACGCUUGUCGCUGCAGGAAGGGUCCGUUAGCGCCAAGAUCACUUCCAGUAUGAGCAGUGAAGUGCGAGAACUGCGUCGAUUGCUGAAGGAUAAGCUAAAAAUGAUCAACAAAUCGAUCUAGUAACAGUACUCAGUCCGAUUUUUCGCACCACCAACGUUUCAUCAGCCCCAUCAAUCAUGGCGGUAAGUCACCGUACGCACGGCGACUCGACUUUCCCAGUGCACCUCUUCGCCGUGUUGCCCCGGUAACGAUGCCCGCGUGCACGCUCUGUUACUUUCUUCUCAUGAAAAAGCUUUUGUCCGCAGAAGGCUGUUACCCUGUCUUUCUCACGUGGCCAAUCUAAUUAUCUUGAACCACACUUCGCACUCUGCAAACCACAGCAGGUCGUGGUGCUCUCGCCAGAAUCGCCCGAUUAGUUGUUUUGUUACACAAGUUUUCCGAAAUAGUGUACAGCGUUCUUCGAACAGAACGCACCAAAUAAAGAUG